GUUAUGUUUAAUCCAUUACUGCUCAUUCAUAUUAUUGCACUUUGUUUUAUAGUUCGCGUGUUAUCAUUUGUUCAAUCAGCAUGAAGAAAAUGCUAACUCUGGAGGAAGAGGUGGGAAACAGCAGAGAAUCCUGGUGUACUCUUGAGCGAAACAACUGCGAAUCAUGGCUGCGCACGCAGCGGCGUCACUACAAGAAUGAGAUGCAGAGCACGGUAUUUACGAAUGACCAGCGAUGCAGCCAGACCAGCAAUAACGACAUCAACACUGAUUUAUCGUUCCACAGAAUGACCAGCGAUGCAGCCAGACCAGCAAUAACGACAUCAACACUGAUUUAUCGUUCCACAGAAUGACCAGCGAUGCAGCCAGACCAGCAAUAACGACACAAACACUGAUUUAUCGUUCCACAGAAUGACCAGCGAUGCAGCCAGACCAGCAAUAACGACACAAACACUGAUUUAUCGUUCCACAGAAUGACCAGCGAUGCAGCCAGACCAGCAAUAACGACACAAACACUGAU